UUAUCGCCAGCCAACUUUUAACUUGUGAUUUCAGUUUUCAGAUGAGUUGCGUUGUAUGCCGUUGUUCAGUUGUCAGCAUCAGAGCAGCACACGUCUCUGGCCGUGUCGGUAGCCUCCACCGUACAUGCACUGCGGUCCCCCUCGGUGACAUACCAGUUAGAAGCCGGUUGUAUUCCUCGCGAGACGAGACUUGGGACGGCGACAGCGUCAUGUCAGGAAUCAUCAGCAGCCCUAACGGCAUCGAUGUGGCCGGGAUGCGCAAAGCCUACAAGGCGGGCCACGAGGCCUUCACGGAAGACGAACUGGUGUCCAAGGAGCCCAUCGGCCAGUUUGCGGCGUGGUUUAAGGUUGCUUCGGAGCAGGACAGUAUCGGCGAGGCCAAUGCCAUGACGCUGGCGACAGCUAGCAAGGAAGGGAGGCCAUCGGCCCGCAUGGUGCUCCUGAAGGGCUACGAUAAAGAAGGAUUCAAGUUUUACACAAAUUACGAAAGCCGAAAAGGAAAGGAGCUGAUUGACAACCCACACGCUGCACUCUGUUUCUACUGGGAGAUUCUCAGCAGAUCUGUGCGCAUUGAGGGGCCUGUGGAGCGACUGACGGAGGAAGAGUCCACCAAGUAUUUCCACAGUCGACCGCCAACCAGUCAGAUUGGAGCCGUCGUCAGUCAUCAGAGUACGGUCAUAGAAAGCCGAGAUGUUUUGACAUCCAAAGACAACGAGCUGAAGGAGAAGUACCUCAGUACAGGCCUGGCCAUUCCAAAGCCAAACUACUGGUGGGGUUUCAGGGUCAUCCCUGAGGUGGUGGAGUUCUGGCAGGGACAGAGUAACCGCCUGCACGACCGCGUUGUCUUCCGCCGUCUCAAGCCAGGCGAGACCGCCGACGGCACGUUUGUUCACGAGGGGGAGAACGGAUGGGUGUAUGAAAGAUUGUCUCCUUGAUUAAAGACCUGGGGGGGGGCCCUCGUGUUGAGCUUCGCUUUGAAGAAAUCCGAUGGUGGAAAGUACUCAAGUUGAUAAAUGGAAAUAUCACUGAAAAUGAAUUCAAACUAUUUUCGUUUGGCAGGUAAUUUGCAUUACUUUAUCUUCAAAAUUAAGGAAUGUGUGCUAAACAUUUAAAAAAUUGGAUGACUCGUAAGAUCGGCAAAGGCACAGAUUUUAUGAGCAGAGGCUGACUAAAUCACAUAUCUGUGUUCUUCACAGAGUUCAGAAAUGAAGAACCAAGAAUGCUACUGAAAAAAAAGGUAAAAACUUAUGCAAGAAUGAGCCAAUUUGCCUCAAACCAAAUUCAACAGGGUUAUGGUCCCAGCCAGCGCAAAAUGGCUCAAAAGAACUUCUGGUCAGUGAAGGCCAUACGUUGGCUUAAUAUAGUGUGUGGAACCAAGGGGGAAUUAACAUGGAUGUAGUGCAUAUAGAAUUGUACUUUGCUGGGCAGAAUCAAGCUACAACACAAAUGCAGUGCCCUGUACGUUUACAUGUCUGCAGGCUUUGGCAACACGUGUUGUGUCCUCGAUGCCACAACCUUAGCAGAAUGUGAUCUUUGCAUUCGGUGCCAUGUGGGGUACGGACCAAAAACUGCUUUCUAAGGUAUUUUUUGGCAGUUUAUUGUGAGCCCUGCCCAUCCAGAGUUAAAGUGCACCCCCAUGCAGCUAAAGAAAGACAGAUGGUUGUAAGUUUUCCAAGCGGGUUCUUGCACGUGUUCCGCGUGUAUGCAAAGACCAAACAUUAGGGAAUAAUUUUGUUACGCGUACUCGGCGUGCGCCGCGUAAAACGCUCAAUUGAUCUCCAUUAUAAAUGCGCUCCUGUGCGGUGAGUACCAAAAAAAAUGCCUUCUUUUGUUCCGCUCGGAGCGGAUUGGCCCAAAAUCCUAUGGCUGGAUAUACAUGUAUCUUUAGUGUACUAUUAAAGUGUACUAUGCCAAAUUUAUCCUGAAUUGAUCAGUAUUAUAUAAGAUUGUGAAUCCCCGGCCACACUCAUCUCGUUUGGGUCUUAGAUGUUAAUUUUGUUCAUGUACAAAGACUAUGUCACAUGUUUACCGCACAUUGUUGGGUUAGAAUUCGGGCUCUUGGAGCUUUCUAAAAAAGUUAGGGUAGAGGAUUUAGAAGUUAUAAAGUAUACCGUUUCUGGAAAGCUGAAGUGGGUACAUGGCUGUAGACUGUCCUUUGACAGUUGCGCAAGGGAUUAGUUAUGACUGAUCUCUCAUUUCUAGAAAUGGAUCAUUUGAAAGUGCACAGCACAUACAUUGAAUAUAUUCAUCUGUUGUAAUUAGUGGGGAUCUGAUAAUCUUAAAAGACAAUAUUACAGUUGUCUAUAAUAUCACAUAAUGCUUUUUGUUGAUGUCUUUGUCUUGGUUUAUCUAAAAUAAUCAUGAUGCUAACAAUAAAACAAUUCUGUGUCUGCAACUGA